AAGUAAGUUUAAAGGAACUUGCAAGCUAGUGAACAUCCAACUGACUAACUUCCUGUUAUAUUGUUCCACCUGGUGUAUUCAGCUUCACUGAGAGAGAAAAUGUCUUUCCAAUCUGAGAAGGAUCUGUCCUGUCCUGUCUGCCAUGACAUAUUUAGAGACCCUGUUUUUCUGUUAUGUACACACAGCUUCUGUAAAGCCUGUCUGCAAAGAUGGUGGAGAGAGAAACAAAUACAGUGCUGUCCAGUCUGUAAGAAAGUAUCUAAACACUGUGAUCCACCGUGUAACCUGGCGUUAAAGAACCUGUGUGAGGCAUUUUUAAAGGACAGAGAUCAGAGAGCUUCAGCAGAGUCUGGCACUCUCUGCAGUCUGCACUCUGAGAAACUCAAACUGUUCUGUCUGGACCAUCAGCAGCCAGUGUGUGUCAUCUGCAAAGAUUCAAAAACACACAACAACCACAGAUUCAGACCCAUCGAUGAAGCUGCACAGGAUCACAGAGAGGAGCUCAAGAAAUCCCUGAAACCCUUACAGGAGAAACUGAAGCUCUUUGAACAAGUUAAAGGAAACUGUGAUCAAACAACAGAACACAUUAAGGUCCAGGCCCGACACGCAGAGAGGCAGAUUAAAGAGCAGUUUGAGAAGCUUCACCAGUUUCUACAAGAGGAAGAGGAGGCCAGGAUCACUGCUGUGAGGGAGGAAGAGGAGCAGAAGAGCCGGAUGAUGAAGUUAAAGAUUGAGGCUAUGCGCAGAGAGAUAACAGCUCUUUCAGAAACCAUCAAAGCCACAGAGGAGGAGCUGAGAGCUGAAGACGUCUCAUUCCUGCUCAACUACAAGGCUGCAGUAGAAAGAGUCAAGAAGCGCCCCCUGCUGGAGGAUCCAGAGCUGGUCUCAGGAGCUCUGAUAGACGAGGCCAAACACCUGGGCAACCUGACCUUCAACAUCUGGAACAAGAUGAAGGAGAUGGUCUCCUACACUCCUGUGAUUCUGGAUCCAAACUCUGCUCAUCCACAUCUCAUCCUGUCUGGAGAUCUGACCAGCGUGGUGUUGGGAAAGAGAGAGAAGCUUCCUGAAAACCCAGAGAGGUUUGACUACUAUCCCAUUGUCCUGGGGUCUGAGGGCUUUAACUCUGGGACUCACAGCUGGGACGUUGAGGUAGGAGACAGUACAGACUGGAAAGUUGGCAUGUUAGCAGAGUCUGUCCAAAGGAAACAAGAGCCACCAUCUGGAUUAUGGAGGAUAGGGUUCUAUAAAGAUCAGUACUCAGUACGCUCACUACCAGAAUUCUCCACCACUGUCUUUUUGGAGAAGAAACUCCAGAGGAUCAGAGUACAUCUGGACUGGAAAAAAGGAAACCUGUCAUUCUCUGAUCCUGAUACAAACACACACAUCCACACCUUCACACACACUUUCACUGAGAGACUGUUUCCAUACGUUAGCAAUCUGAAUAAAGUCCCACUGAAGAUAUUACCGGUGAAGUAAAAGAGAGCAAACAGAUGGGGUUGGUUACAGGAUGACGACUGAUGACUAGGCUACACAAAGUACAAAGUUUUUCCUUAACUGAUUAUUCAACAUGUUAAUAAAUAGCAAAUUGUUCAGUAAUGACAAAUGUUUAAAAUUCUGGCUUAGCCCAUAAUCGCCACAAUAUUCGCUUGGAUAAAAUGUAUUUGUGUAUAUAUGCCCGCAUCAUCGGUGCUCUCUCUCCACCAGCAGCAAAAUAAUGUUGUUUACAAUAAAAUAACACCUGGUAGAGAGCGGCACCAGUGUUGUGCCGGAGCCAGGCGAGCGUGCAACAUAACCAAGCCCAGCAGCAUUUACGGACAUAAGACACUGUUAAAUGGUAAACUGUAAAUCAACAUUUCUGGCUAAUCCAAUAUAAUGUAUAUAAUUAAUUAUACCAGCAAUAAAGUUCACAUAUAUGACGUCGUAUAACAGGGAGUUUCAAAUGUGAAAUUACUGAUUCAUGUAUUCUGGGAUUGUAAUGACAUUCAGAAGAUCUGGGUGUGAAACUUGUAUAUUUCAUGAUAUAUUACAGGAUACAGAGAUGGAAAUUAAUGUACACUAUAACGACAAAAUAGGAUGUUAAUUCCAGACUUGACAUAGAAUAAUAAUGAGGCCAGACGUGCUUAAAACAGAAGUGUUUAAAUUUCAAUUAGUUACGAUAAAAGGGUGUUCUUGAGAAAGAUGAAAUAAAAACGAAGAUUUAUGAUGGAUUUGUGUAAAUAGUUUCAUGUGAUGGUCAUUGUUAAGAUUAUGCAGUUAUUUAUGUUUGUCUGUUAUGUGAAGGGUGGGUCAAUCUGAAUUAAGAAUUUUCCAUUUAAUGUAACUAUGUUGUUAAUUGAAAAUCUUUCUUUUGAAACCUAACAAUGAUCUGGUCGGUUAAGAGGUUUUAUUCAGUUAUCCAUUGUGCUUUUCAGUCAUCCUCAUUUUGUCAGUGUUGUUGUAUUUUAUGGUAAUCGUCAGAUUUUUAGCAUGACUUAAUGUGAUAUUAUUUGUUAUUGUAAAGUUGAUUGUUUUCAACUACUUUUUAAUAACUUUAUCUUUAAAGCAAUAAAAAAACAUAAGUAUUCUGA